GCUUAUUGGAUUUUCGGCAAUGUUGCAGGUCCUGUUGCUGAAAACAUGUUCCAUUGGCAAGCAACGAUCAUGGGUCCACCAGAUAGUCCAUAUGCGGGGGGUUGUUUUCCUAGUGACCAUUCAUUUUCCUCCAGAUUAUCCCUUUAAGCCACCCAAGGUAGCAUUUAGAACAAAGGUAUUCCACCCCAAUAUUAACAGCAAUGGAAGCAUUUGCCUAGACAUCUUGAAAGAGCAGUGGAGUCCAGCACUAACGAUUUCCAAGGUAUUGCUAUCGAUAUGUUCCUUGCUGACGGACCCGAAUCCGGAUGAUCCAUUGGUGCCGGAGAUUGCACACAUGUACAAGACAGACAGGAACAAGUACGAGACAACUGCAAGGAGCCGGACCCAGAAGUAUGCCAUGGGCUAAAGGAGCUUCGGUCUGUGAGGGGACGU